AUGAGUUGCUGCCUGCUGAUCCUCGACGAGGAGCUGCAAUUGCUCACGGUGCGGCAGCUCCGGCCGCUGCCGGAGCUGCUGGGGCCGCUGCAAUGGUUCAUCAGCAGUCCGCGGAGGCUGCCAGUACUGAGCCAUAGGGGCUACGACUACAUCUACAUCCAGCGGGAUGGCCUCUACUUCCUGUCGCUGAGCUACGGUGUCGAGACGGUGGUGCCGAUGACUGUGUUUGCAUACCUGGGGCAGCUUUACCAGCUGUUUAAGAAGUACCUAGGGGAGAGGCUGAACCGGCAGCUGAUCAUGGACAACUUCCACCUGGUGUACGAGCUGAUGGACGAGUCGAUCGACAUGGGGAUCCCGCAGCUCACGGACCACAACAUCAUCCGGGACUACGUCAAGGUGCAGGUGGUGCGGCGCGCGGAGGACGGGGAGAAGCACGCAGGGAAACACAAGGCCAAGCGCGACAAGGCCGGCAAGGAGGAGGAGGAGGCGGACCCGGGCGCCGCGGACGAGCACUUCAUGAAUAGCUACAUCGCCAAGACGACGACGUCCGCGAUCUCCUGGCGGCCGCGCGGCAUAUACUACAGCAAGAACGAGUUCUUCCUAGACGUGGUGGAGGAGCUCGAGUACCUGAUGGACUUCGAGCGGGCGCAGGUGCGCCUCAACCAGGUCCACGGUGCGAUCAACUGCCGCUCCUACCUGUCGGGCAUGCCGCAGCUGACGGUCGGCCUCAACAAGAUGGUGGCGCAGGACCGCGACUUCACGAGCCAGGUGCACUUCCACCAGUGCGUGGACCUGGAGCGCCUGGCCACCGACCGCCACAUCACGUUCGUGCCGCCCGACGGCGAGUUCCAGCUGUGUCACUACAAGCUGGCGCGCGGCGCCAACGAGCAGCCGCUCAUCAAGCUCGAGGAGUGCCGCGCAGCCGUCAAGCCGCGGCGCCGGCCCGCGGACGCGGACCGCCUCGUGCUGACCGUGUCCAUCUCGACCAACUUCAAGCUGCAGGACGCCACGUCCGUGCUCAAGGUGCGCGUGCCGCUCGCGCGCGUGUUCGAGCAGUGGAAGGUCGACCUCUCCUUCCCGCCGCGCUUCAAGUGCGACGCCGGCUGCGUGAUGUUCAACAUCACCGACGACUACCUGCUCUGGGACAUCGGCAAGGCGAAGGGCAGCCACGGCGACCGCCGGUUCACCAUGCAGUCGCAGUUCCACCUCUACGACGAGGCCUACUACUCGCGGCGCCGCGCCCAGCUCUCCACGUCCAUGGACCCACUGCCCGCCCACCCGGGGCAGCAACUCGAGGCGCUCUACAACCAGACCCACGCCAGCGCGCCGACCCACGCCUCCGCGCUGCUGCGCGUGGACUUCGAGGUACCCUACCACACAAUCAGCGGGCUUAAGGUAGAGUUCCUAAAAAUUCUCGAGCCACAGCUCCAGUACCAGUCCUUCCCAUGGAUACGCUACAAGUCCACCAACCACCAGCUCUGUGCUUUUCAGCUAUAG